AUGGGCUUCUGCUUGGCUCUGGCAUGGACACUCCUGGUUGGGUCAUGGACAUCCAUGGGAGCUCAGAACCCCAUUUCCUGGGAGGUGCAGCGAUUUGAUGGGUGGUACAACAACCUCAUGGAGCACAGAUGGGGCAGCAAAGGCUCUCGGCUGCAGCGCCUGGUCCCAGCCAGCUACGCGGAUGGUGUGUACCAGCCCUUGAGAGAACCCCACCUGCCCAACCCCAGAAACCUUAGCAACACUGCCAUGAGGGGCCCUGCAGGGCAGGCCUCCCUGCGAAACCGAACAGUGCUGGGAGUCUUCUUUGGCUACCACGUGCUCUCGGACCUGGUGAGCGUGGAGACCCCCGGCUGCCCAGCCGAGUUCCUCAACAUCCACAUCCCGCCCGGCGACCCGGUGUUCGACCCCGACCGGCGCGGGGACGUGGUCCUCCCCUUCCAGAGGAGCCGCUGGGACCCCGAAACCGGACAGAGCCCCAGUAAUCCCCGGGACCUGACCAACGAGGUGACGGGCUGGCUGGACGGCAGCGCCAUCUAUGGCUCCUCGCACUCGUGGAGCGACGCGCUGCGGAGCUUCUCCGGGGGGCAGCUGGCGUCGGGGCCCGACCCCGCCUUCCCCCGGAACGCGCAAAGCCCCCUGCUCAUGUGGACUGCGCCCGACCCCGCCACCGGACAGCGCGGGCCCCGGGGGCUGUACGCCUUCGGGGCGGAGCGAGGGAACCGCGACCCGUUCCUGCAGGCGCUGGGCCUGCUGUGGUUCCGCUACCACAACCUGUGCGCGCAGCGGCUGGCCCGCGAGCACCCGCAAUGGGGGGACGAGGAGCUGUUCCAGCACGCGCGCAAGAGGGUCAUCGCCACCUACCAGAACAUCGUUUUGUAUGAGUGGCUGCCCAGCUUCCUGCAGAAAACACCCCCGAAGUAUGCAGGAUACAGCCCUUUCCUGGACCCCAGCAUCUCCCCAGAGUUCCUGGUGGCCUCUGAGCAGUUCUUCUCCACCAUGGUGCCUCCUGGGGUCUACAUGAGGGAGCUGCUCCCCGGGGGGCUCCUGGAGAGCCAUGGGGACCCCGGGCCCCUCUUCAGCACCAUCGUCCUUAACCAGUUUGUGAGGCUGCGGGAUGGCGACCGCUACUGGUUUGAGAACACCAGGAAUGGGCUGUUCUCUGAGGAAGAAAUUGCAGAGAUCAGAAACACUUCCCUACGGGAUGUUCUAGUGGCUGUCACCAACAUGAACCCCAGUGCCCUGCAGCCCAAUGUCUUCUUCUGGCAUAUGGGAGACCCCUGCCCGCAGCCAAGACAACUCAGCACUGAGGGCCUGCCAGCCUGUGGUCCCUCCAUCAUGUGGGACUAUUUUGAAGGCAGUGGAUUUGGCUUUGGGGUCACAAUCGGGACUCUCUGCUGCUUCCCUCUGGUGAGCCUGCUUAGUGCCUGGAUUGUUGCCCGGCUCCGAAGGAGGAAUUUCAAGAGGCUCCAGGGCCAGAACCGCCAGAGCAUCAUGUCUGAGAAGCUUGUGGGGGGCAUGGAAGCAUUGGAAUGGCAGGGCCACAAGGAGCCCUCCCGGCCUGUGCUGGUGCACCUGCAGCCUGGGCAGAUCUGCGUGGUGGACGGCAGGCUCUCUGUGCUCCGUACCAUCCAGCUGCGGCCCCCGCAGCAGGUCAACCUCAUCCUGUCCGGCAACCACGGACGCCGCGCCCUCCUGCUCAAGAUCCCCAAGGAGUAUGACCUGGUGCUGCUAUUUAACCUGGAGGCAGAACGGCAGGUGCUGGUGGAAAACCUUCGGGGGGCCCUGAAGGAGAGCGGGCUGAGGUUCCAGGAGUGGGAGCUGCAGGAGCAGGAGCUGAUGAGGGCAGCUGUGACGCGAGAGCAGAGGAGCCACCUCCUGGAGACCUUUUUCAGGCACCUUUUCUCCCAGGUGCUGGACAUCGACCAGGCAGAUGCAGGGACCCUGCCCCUGGACUCAUCACAGAAGGUACGGGAGGCCCUGACUUGUGAGCUGAGCAGAGCUGAGUUUGCCGAGUCCCUGGGCCUCAAGCCCCAGGACAUGUUUGUGGAGUCCAUGUUCUCCCUGGCUGACAAAGAUGGCAAUGGCUACCUGUCCUUCCGGGAGUUUCUGGACAUCCUGGUGGUCUUCAUGAAAGGCUCUCCUGAGGAGAAGUCUCGCCUUAUGUUCCGCAUGUAUGACUUUGAUGGGAAUGGUCUCAUUUCCAAGGACGAGUUCAUCAGGAUGCUGAGGUCCUUCAUCGAGAUCUCCAACAACUGCCUGUCCAAGGCCCAGCUAACAGAGGUGGUGGAGUCCAUGUUCCGGGAGUCUGGCUUCCAGGAUAAGGAGGAGCUGACGUGGGAGGACUUCCACUUCAUGCUGCGGGACCAUGACAGCGAGCUCCGAUUCACGCAGCUCUGCGUCAAAGGAGUGGAGGUGCCGGAAGUCAUCAAGGACCUCUGCCGGAGAGCCUCCUACAUCAGCCAGGAAAAGAUCUGUCCCUCCCCCAGACUGAGUGCUCGCUGUCCCCACAGCAAUGCUGGUGUGGAGUGGGCAGCACAGAGACUGCAGUGCCCCAUGGACACAGACCCUCCCCAGGAGACUCGACGGAGGUUUGGCAAGAAGGUAACAUCAUUCCAGCCGCUGCUGUUCACGGAGGCUCACCGGGAGAAGUUUCAACGGGGCCGGCGCCACCAGACCUUGCAGCAGUUCAAGCGCUUCAUCGAGAAUUACCGCCGCCACAUCGGCUGCGUGGCCGUGUUCUACGCCAUCACCGGGGGCCUCUUCCUGGAGCGGGCCUACUACUACGCCUUCGGGGCUCACCACACGGGCAUCACGGACACCACCCGUGUGGGCAUCAUCCUGUCCCGGGGCACGGCCGCCAGCAUCUCUUUCAUGUUCUCCUACAUCCUGCUCACCAUGUGCCGCAACCUCAUCACCUUCCUGCGAGAGACCUUCCUCAACCGCUACGUGCCCUUCGAUGCCGCCGUGGACUUCCAUCGGCUCAUUGCCUCCACGGCCAUCGUCCUCACAGUCUUGCACAGUGCGGGCCAUGUGGUGAAUGUGUACCUGUUCUCCAUCAGCCCACUCAGCGUCCUCUCCUGCCUCUUCCCUGGACUCUUCCAUGACGAUGGGUCUGAGUUUCCCCAGAAGUAUUACUGGUGGUUCUUCCAGACUGUGCCAGGCCUCACGGGGGUCCUGCUGCUCCUGGUCCUGGCCAUCAUGUAUGUCUUUGCCUCCCACCACUUCCGGCGCCACAGCUUCCGGGGCUUCUGGCUGACCCACCACCUCUACAUCCUGCUCUAUGUGCUGCUCAUCAUCCACGGCAGCUUCGGCCUGAUCCAGCUGCCCCGUUUCCACAUCUUCUUCCUGGUCCCGGCACUAAUCUAUGUGGGAGACAAGUUGGUGAGCCUGAGCCGGAAGAAAGUGGAGAUCAGCGUGGUGAAGGCGGAGCUGCUGCCUUCAGGAGUCACCCACCUGCAGUUUCAGCGGCCCCAAGGCUUUGAGUACAAGUCAGGACAGUGGGUGCGGAUCGCCUGCUUGGCUCUGGGAACCACUGAGUACCACCCAUUCACACUGACUUCUGCACCCCAUGAGGACACGCUCAGCCUGCACAUCCGGGCAGCAGGCCCCUGGACCACUCGGCUCAGGGAGAUCUAUUCACCUCCAACGGGAGAUGGCUGUGCCAAAUACCCGAAGCUCUACCUUGAUGGACCAUUUGGAGAGGGCCACCAGGAAUGGCAUAAGUUUGAGGUGUCAGUGCUGGUGGGAGGGGGCAUUGGGGUCACCCCCUUUGCCUCCAUCCUCAAAGACCUGGUCUUCAAGUCAUCAGUCAGCUGCCAAGUGUUCUGUAAGAAGAUCUACUUCAUCUGGGUGACGCGAACGCAGCGGCAGUUUGAGUGGCUGGCUGACAUCAUCCGGGAGGUGGAGGAGAAUGACCGCCAGGACCUGGUGUCCGUGCACAUCUACAUCACCCAGCUGGCUGAGAAGUUUGACCUCAGGACCACCAUGCUGUACAUCUGUGAGCGGCACUUCCAGAAGGUGCUGAACCGGAGUCUGUUCACGGGCCUGCGCUCCAUCACCCACUUUGGCCGCCCCCCCUUCGAGCCCUUCUUCAAGUCCCUGCAGGAGGUCCACCCGCAGGUCCGGAAGAUUGGGGUGUUUAGCUGUGGCCCGCCUGGCAUGACCAAGAAUGUGGAAAAGGCCUGUCAGCUCAUCAACAAGCAGGAUCAGACUCACUUCUCCCACCAUUAUGAGAACUUCUAGGCCUCCUGCCCAGG